CGUCUGAAGACGCGUGAACGAAGUUUGGGUUUCGCAGGUGGCUAUUCUUACCUCUUCUCGGAGCUGAUCAAGGCCAUUUCACCUGGGUUAGGGUGGUGGGUACGACACUCAGUAAUAUGAACACGUGAGGCUUCAGUUUCCCCGCUACUACCUCCACCUUGCUCCCUUGGAGUAUUCUAAUGUUUGAGGAACUCGAAUUUAGAGCGAGAGACGCGCACUUCACUAAGGAGUUUCACUUUAUGAGAAAUUUAACCUAACACGCUGUGUAGACUGAGGAGAGAAGACAUUCCCUGAGGAGAAACGGAUUAGCGAGGAGAGAGUCAGGAAGCCUCAAAAUACUGGUUUGUGAAGUCUCUGCUUGAACGCUGUGGAUGCAUCAUGCAAUUCCCCUUGAGGGAUGACUGUAACAGCUACCCUUUAGGGGGCUUUCGAUAUUGUCAAAUAGCCUCCAGCCAAAGACCAACGCGAACAUCACUACAGUUUAACAAAGUUGGGCUUGCCGUCUCCUUUCAAAGAGGGAGGCACACCAUAAGAACAGGGCAACACCUCAGGAAGAAGAUACAGAAGCCAAGUUAUGGAGUCCACAAAAAAUAGUGAGAAAUCCAGAACCAAACUAUUGGAAUCUUCACUCUAGGCCAUUCUUGAUGCUCAGCACAACCCCAGAUCUCCAGCUGCUCAACAGCCUCCAGAGAUGGAUGUCACCCGCCUGCUCCUGGCCACCCUGCCGGUCUGUCUGUGCUUCCUCACUGCCUACAGCCACCUGGUACCUGAGGAAAAGCCCAGAGAUGACAGGAGCCUGAUGAGCAACUCCUCCGUGAACCUGCUGGGUUCCCCAUGUGUCUAUAUUGUGGCACUGAACAAGAAAUCCAAAAACAUCAGCAGAAAAGAGGCAGAACAGAAGAAGAGAUUUUCCAAGAAACAGUCUCCGAUGAAGAAGGUGGCUCGACCCCGGCCCCCGCCGCCCACCCCCUGCGUAGCCACCCACAAGAGCUGCUGGCCACCGUCACCCGCCUGCUGCGACCCGUGCGCCUCCUGCCAGUGCCGCUUCUUCCGCAGCGCCUGCUCCUGCCGCGUGCUCAGCCGCACUUGCUGAGCUUCCUGCCUCCCGGCUCCCCGGGGACCCUAGGGGCCCUUUCCUGGCGGGUGAUCUCUAGGAGGUAUGGCUAGGAAGUCUUAGGAAGGACUGAGCGCGGGCGCGGCUGCUGAGGUUGGGCCGGAGCUUUCCAGAGGCACGAUUUCAGGGAGACUUGGCUUGGUCUUGGCUGACAAUCAAAUAUAUGUAGGCUGCGCGAAAGUGUGUGGCUCUUUCUCUGACGUCCCGCGGACUGCGCACGCGCUGUCUUCUGGGCCUGGGGAAACUGGAUUACCCGCUUUAGGAGCUGCACUCCUGUUAAGCGUUUCUCCGCUGGAGACAAUGCUGCCCCCUAA